CCGCUCUCUUUCAGGAGAUGGCAGAACAGAUGAUGAUGACGAUAGUGGUCUUGGACAACGGGUCCCCGAGGACUCCGCCACCUGUCUGCCUUCACAAGUCAAACUUUACUUCUUGAUGUUCAUGUGCCUCGUCUCCUGCUCUCCCGUCUCUAGCUGUGUAAGCGAUCAAUCUUUUGAGAGAGAGAUAGAGGGAAUUUAUCGGACAGCGUUGAUCAGUUGACUGUGCAUGGGAGCAGGAAUUACCUGGACUCUUCUUCGACACAUUGUCAACUUGGAAAUCUGCUAAGUCUAUCAAGAGAGAGGAUCGAUGAAGAUUGUGGCGAGCUCGAGAGUGACUUUCUUGAUACUGCUGGGUUUUUGCCUUGCGUUCGGAUCAUCCUCUCAAGCACAUCCCGAUCUUAAACCUUUCAAGUCAUGGUUGAAUCACGGAGGUGGACUGGGGCUAAAGAACCAGAGAGUAGCCAUGCUGGAAAAUCACAUCAGCGCCAAAUCGGUAUCGAAGCUGUCUCUAAAUUGGGAAUUUGCAACUGAAUCUGAUGUGACGGCCACUCCAGCCAUUUCAGAUGGAGUUGUGUAUUUUCCCGACUGGAACGGCUUCAUGUACGCAGUAGAACAAGAAACCGGUAACCUAAUUUGGAAGAAAAAUCUGCUGGAUCUUACUUCGGGAUUCAUUACCUUCGUUCCAACCAACAUAACAAAGUUCUACCCGAAAACUAUGGUCUCUCGAUCGACUCCCACAAUUGUUGGUGACAUGUUGGUUUUCGGAGUUUACGGUCCAUGUGCCGUUGUAGCACUUUGCAAAGCGAGCGGAGCUCUCCUGUGGACGAAGGAGCUAGACUCUCAUCCGUAUGCCUUGAUCUCUAUGUCCGGAACGGCCUUCGAAGGGGCAUACUAUAUAGGCACUUCGUCACUAGAAGAAGGAAUCGACGGAAUUGACUGCUGCAUUUUCCAGGGGGCAUUUUACAAGCUCGAUGUGAAAACUGGGGACAUUAUAUACAAAGUGCCUAUGCUUCCCGAUAAUGCAGGUCAAACAGGUCGUUAUGCUGGAGUGGCAAUAUGGGGAAGCAGUCCUUCAAUCGAUGUGCACAGAAGACGAGUGUUCAUCGCCACAGGAAAUGCUUACUCCACGCCUCCCGACAUCGACGCUUGCCUGGAGAACGAGAGAAAUUCCAGCAGCCCACCAUUCCCUGACGUGUGUCUGCCACCUGAUGACCACCAAGAGUCGAUCCUUGCAAUAGACAUGGCCAGUGGCAAUGUCACCUGGAGUCGGCAACUCGGUGGGUACGAUACAUUCAGCUACGUCUGCGCAGCGGUUAACCCUCCCGACAAUUGCCAAGCGGUCAAUGGCCCUGACUACGACUUCGGAAUGUGCCCAAUGCUUAUGAAAAUUGCAACGAAAUCUGCUCGCGAACCCGCUGAGAAGCCGUGGAAAGAAAUUGCAGUGGCCGGACAGAAGAGCGGGUUCAUCUGGGCUCUCGACCAAGACAACGGCGAAGUCGUCUGGGUCACUGCUGCAGGGCCCGGCGGGUACAUCGGGGGCAGCUCGUGGGGAUUGACGACGGACGGGCAGAGAGUGUUCACGAACAUGAUCAACAACCUCAAGGCCAAUUUCACUCUCCUGCCUUCCUCAACGGUGGUCCAGUCCGGCGGAUGGGUGGCCAUCAAUGCCACCAACGGAGACAUCCUCUGGUCCACGGCCGAUCCGUUCGCCAGCACAACCAACGCUCCGUUGACUUACGCGAACGGGGUGGUGUUCGGAGGAUCGGUGGAACCUGGUAACGUGGUGGCUCUGGAUGCGAAGACCGGGAAAGUGCUGUGGACCUACGCAACGCCGGGGUCGAUCUACGGAGGUGUGUCGAUAGCGGACGGAUGUGUGUUCGUCCCCGUCGGGAAUUCGUUGAUCGGGGUCAACAACGCUCCGAACAACGUGAAAGGGAAAUCCGUCCUCAGUUUGUGCAUCUAGCGGCCCGCUCUUGCGACGGUAUGUUCGAAUAGAAUCCCCGAAGAUCCGGCCGUCGUCUGCCGGAUCUGUCGUGCACGUCCAGCGGUUCAAAAUUCGAACGCUGGCUGGCGCCGCCUGAAAACUCAAGUUUCAUAAAAGAAUGGUUCAUGCAAGAGUUGCGCUCCGUUGCUUCUUUGAUUCCUCGUCUCCGCCUCGUGAGCCGUCUGCUGCGGAGAGCAGUGAGCCCUUCGGGAAGAAUCGCGAGGGAAACGUGCUGUCUGCGCUGCCGAGCAGCGAGGUCCGGACCUCCGCUCAUGGAGUGGAGUAAAUUCGAAGCUUUGUUGCUGCAGACGGACUUUGCAAGACUCGCGUGAAGGAAUUCGCAAAAUUGUUCGAACCUUUGAAAUUCUGGAGAAACGAUAUUCUAUCAAGAUGCCGUGAUGGCCCUCACGACCCUGUGUACGUAUCGGUGGGAAGCGGGGAGACUUUAGCAGAUCUCGCUCCCCAUCUGAACGACCACCUUAUCGCAAUAUAUCCGAUGUCGAGAACAUGUAAUUCUGUCCUUCAUCGGGACAUCAGUUCUAUCAGAACAUUUGAAGCAUAGUUGUUUGCCUCGGCCUUUCGGAUGAAUGCUGCACGUAGAAGAAGAUUAAUUUUGUGCAAAACUUCGGAAUCCGGAGUUGCGUGACGUGUCACU